AUGUCAACCAUUCGAGCUAAGGAGGUUGAUGAGCUCGAAUCCAAAACCAAAGAUCUCAACUUGAACAAUGCUUUAUUUCCCAAUCAGGACUCCGCCACAUCAAGCGACUUGAAAUCAAAAAGCGCUGAGAAUGAUGACGAUGAUGAUGAGGAUCAAGAAGAUACACCUGCAAACAGCUCUUCCAAUGCUUCCUCCGACAAGAAGAAAAAGAAGAAGAAGAGUGGUAAGAAAAAAAAGAAGUUGGUUGCCAUUGACCAAUCAUACCCAGAUGAUAUUUUCCCAGAAGGUGAAUGGAUGGAGUAUCCAUUGGAUUCAAACAAGCAUAGAACAACUUCAGAAGAGUUGAGGUAUUUGGAUAGACAACAGAAUAACAAAUGGGAAGACUUUAGAAAGGGAGCCGAAAUCCACCGUCGUGUUCGUGCUAAAGCCAAGUCGUCAAUUAGACCUGGAAUGUCAAUGACUGAAAUCGCCGACUUGAUUGAAAAUUCAGUAAGAGCAUAUGCUAAUGCCGACCAUACGAAAAAGGCAGGUAUUGGGUUUCCUACCGGUCUAUCACUAAAUCAUGUGGCAGCCCAUUAUACUCCAAACACAGGGGAUAAGUUGGUAUUGGGAAAAGAUGAUAUAAUGAAGGUUGAUAUUGGUGUUCAUGUCAAUGGUCGUAUCUGUGACUCUGCAUUUACAAUGACUUUCAAUGAAGAUGGCAAGUACGAUGCUAUAAUGCAAGCAGUUAGAGAAGCCACAAACACCGGUGUCAAAGAAGCUGGGAUUGAUGUCAGAAUGAAUGACAUUGGUGCUGCUAUACAAGAAGUCAUGGAGAGUUAUGAAAUGGAAGAAAAUGGUAAAACUUACCCAAUCAAGUGUAUUCGCAACCUUAAUGGACACAAUAUUGGUGACUAUGUCAUUCAUUAUGGCAAGAAUGUUCCCAUCAUUGCAAAUGGCGACAAUACCAAGAUGGAAGAAGGUGAAACGUUUGCCGUUGAAACAUUUGGCUCAACUGGUAACGGAUACGUGGUGGCAGAAGGAGAAUGCUCACAUUAUGCAUUGAAUCAAAACAUUGAUGGAAUUAGAGUACCUUCGGAGAGAUGCAAGUCAUUAUUGAACUCGAUACAGGAGAAUUUUGGAACAUUGCCCUGGUGUAGGAGAUACUUGGAGCGUACCGGUGAAGAUAAGUACUUGUUGGCUUUGAAUCAAUUGGUCAGGGCAGGCGUUGUUGAAGCUUAUCCGCCUAUUGCUGAUAAAUUUGGUAGUUACACUGCUCAAUUCGAGCACACCAUAUUGUUACACCCCCAUAAGAAGGAGGUUGUCACUCGUGGUGAUGACUAUUAG